GCACACAUGCUUGUAGAACACGAAUGAAAUCAUCUUCAAAAGCGCGCUAGGUGGCACGUGAAAGUAACGUUCCCCUCUAUACGUAUGCGCAGUUUGAAGGACUUGCGUUCAUCCAGUGUAUUUUGAGCAGCGGAAGUAUGGAGACGUGUUCUAGUGCUAUGUCAACGCGAUUUAAACAGCGUGCUGUUAUCGAAUUUUUAACUGCUAAAAAAGUGACUCCUACUGAGUCCUGGAUUCGAGAAAAGUCGGAAGAAUUUUUUAGUGACGGAAUGAAAAAACUUGUUACACGUUGGGAGAAAUGUGUUAGUCUUAACGGCACAUCGAGCGUUUAAGAAAAUGCCGAUCCUGUCUCAACUAUCACGCCGGUUUCACGAUAUGUUGACGACAGACGCAAAGGCAGAUCCACCGCGAACCGGAAUCGGAAGUUACACACACAAUCCUCCAUCAAUCCCGGACGAGGAUUUAACGAAAACGCGGAUGAAGUCGAUGCCUACCAUGUCGGAAAAAGAGAAAGACGUGACGUCGAUGCAAAGGCAAAAAUCGAUGCCGAACGACGCAAGGCCGACGACACCCACCGAUUUUUGUACAAAAUCGGAAGACCUCGGCGACACGAGGUCGACGAGCGAAUCGAAGGAGUACAAACGACCAAGGACGAAAACGAAAUCGAAACAUAGCAAAUAUUCACAAGGAGCGAACAUCGUAAAUUACAACAUAGUCAAUUCCAAUGGAGUGAAGAUCGGCUCGCGCACGAGCUACAUAUGCAAUGUAAAUCAGUACCCGGCGAGCAAUAACGCGACAGCACAAUCCGAGACAGCUUCGAAACCCAAGUACCGGUCGAUGCCCGAGAACGUGGAGGAACUGAGCACGUGUGAGGAAGAGCUCGGGUUCGAUGAAAUGCUCGUUAUUAAGACACACGUUGGGCACGGAUGGCGGGAUGUCGCAAGGAGACUCUCGUAUUCAGACGGCCAGAUCGACCAAUUCGAGGAAAAUUACAGGCACAAGGGUAUCGACGAGGUAAUCUAUCAGUUACUGCUUGACUGGAAGCAAGCCAAUACACGGGAUGCUCAACUUGGCACAUUAGUUAACAUAUUGUGGUCUUGUCAGGAGUAUGACUGCGUCGAGCGAUUAGUUGCAAUUCGCAAGAAUCCGUCUUAAUUGGACGCGACACAUAAAAAUUCCUACACUUGUACAUACAUACAUACAUUUACGUAAACAAUUGUGAUUUUUUUUACUCGAAGUAACAUUUUUAUAUACAUUUUAUUUUAUAUAUAACGUGCAGACGUAUCUUAAAAGACACGGUAUACCAAUUGCAAAUAUUGUUUACAUUUGCCUAAUGUGUCAGAUUGACCGAAAAAAUAUUGUUGAUUGGAUUAAUUCGCAUUUGGCAUACGGUUUAGCAUUGUAUGUUGAAAUCGCAAUGAGUCUGCACUUCAAGGGCGAACAUGAUCUGGUUAAUAAUACGAGGACAUGAACAAACGCAUCUAUAGCCUCAUUUCGCGAUAUACAUGUCUACACAUAAUAUUAUAACGUGUAUGUAUAUAUGCAUUUCUUUUUAUAUUCAUCUCUAAUCCAUUUUGUAAAAUUUGGUAAGAGAAUAAACAUGUAAUUCAUCAAAUAUUA